UUCUUCCUCACAGAUUCCUUUGUCAACAGCCAGGAGUGGACGAUCUCACGAUCCGUGCCAGACAUUCGGCUGGGCAUCGUUGGCAGUCUCAGUUCCGGCAAGUCGGCGCUGGUUCACCGAUAUCUGACCGGAUCCUACAUGCAGGAAGAAUCCCCCGAAGGUGGCCGCUUCAAGAAGGAAAUUCAGGUCGACAACCAAAGCUACCUGCUACUGAUACGAGACGAGGGAGGCCCACCAGAGAUGCAGUUUGCCGCCUGGGUCGACGCGGUCAUCUUUGUGUUCAGUCUGGAAAACGAAUCAAGCUUCAACGCCGUGUAUACGUACUACACCAAAAUGUCACACUACCGCAACAGUGCCGAAAUACCGAUCAUCCUGGUCGGGACGCAAGAUGCCAUUAGCGAGCGGUCACCACGAGUCAUCGAUGAUGCGCGGGCGCGAAAACUGGCGCUGGAUCUGAAGCGGUGCUCGUACUAUGAAACAUGUGCCACCUACGGGCUGAACGUGGAACGAGUCUUUCAGGAUGCCUGUCAGAAGAUUGUCCAGCAGCGUCUAUCAACCGGUUCGAACAUCACACCAACCAAUUCGAGACCAACGACGCCACAAGGCACCCGGCUUGGUGUGGCCAGUUUUCAUGCGUCCGUUCCUAGCCCAACGAAUGGCUUUUCGUCUUCAACUGGAAGUCCGGCAAGUGGUUUAACGUUAAGUAGUUCCUCACCAAGCCACCACAACAACCCACACCAACAACAACAGCAGCAGCAACAAAACCAACAGGGCAAUAUGACGCUUCCCCAUCGGCACCACGUUCUCUCCGCUUCAAGUCACCACAUUCCGAUUAAGCUUAGCUCGGAAAUGCUGGCCAGCGAGACGGGUCAUCUUAUUGCCCAGCGAGAGUCGCACCCUCCGCUAAAGUGGGGUACAAUCUCCCACGGAACUUCCCAGCAGACACUGUUGGCAUUGACCAAUGAGAAUAAUAACAUUGCUAAGUUUAUACCACCAGCUCAGCCCGUGUCUUGUGACAGUUUGCAACCACUGGGAUUAAUUCCGGGUAAAGAUUCAGGAGGAGGAAGCAAUGGUGCCGGAAAGGAUAAGGAACUUCCAACACCAACUUCAACGCCAACCACUUCACGGAAAAGUCGGCGAAGAUCGAAUCUUUUUAUUCCUUCGUCGUCAAAGAAGGAGCAACAGGACAAAAUUAAGAAUGGUGAACUUGGAAGUGGUCGAGCGAUUCCCAUCAAGCAAGGAUAUUUGUACAAACGAAGCAGCAAAUCGCUGAACAAGGAAUGGAAAAAGAAAUACGUGACACUCUGUGACGAUGGACGGUUAACUUAUCAUCCAUCGCUGCACGAUUACAUGGAUGAUGUUCAUGGAAAGGAGGUGUCCCUGCAAUAUGUUACCGUGAAGGUCCCGGGCCAAAAACCUCGUGGCUCAAAGUCGAUCAUCACCAACAGUGCCCUGACGGGAGCGAAUCUGCCACCCCCAGCAGCAAUGAAUGGCAAAUCAAGUGGACCUACGAGUGGAUCCCAGGGUGGUAGCAGCAACAGUAACGGGCUGACGGAAGGCAUCGGUGGUUUGUCCCUGGCUAAGGAUCGAAAGCUGACGGAGAAAGUGCUUUUGACUGCGUUCGAUACCCUGCGGGAACCGGUCAAGUCUAACUCGCAAACGAGCGGCGAUGAGGGAAUCGUUAUCAGUAACAGCAAUUCGCAAAGUUUCAUCGGAUCGGAUGGCAAUACUAGCAAGUUGGAUGCUCAGACGCCGAAUGUGAAGAAGCGACAUCGGCGGAUGAAGAGCAGCGGCGUGGGGAAGAACAAUGAGUAUGAGGACUCCGACGGGUUCGAGUUCUACAUCGUGUCAUUAGAUAACAAGCAGUGGCACUUUGAGGCUUCUAACUCGGAGGAACGGGACGAAUGGGUAUCGGUGAUUGAACAGGAGAUCUUCAAGUCAUUGCAGGGCAUUGAAUCGUCGAAAUCUAAACCGCUGAACCCGAGUGAUAUCGCUUCGAUGCAGUCGAUUCGAAGCCGCGUUCCGGGUAAUGGGUACUGCGUAGAUUGUGAUUCGCCAAAUCCUGAAUGGGCUAGUUUAAAUCUGGGAGUUCUGAUGUGCAUCGAGUGUUCCGGAGUACAUCGAAAUCUCGGUUCGCAUAUCAGUAAAGUGCGGUCACUUGGACUGGAUGAAUGGCCUCCCGGUCAUCUCAGCGUGAUGCUCGCCAUCGGCAACAGCUUAGCGAACUCAGUCUGGGAGUCGAACACCCGCGGACGGGUGAAGCCCACCCCCGCCAGUUCCCGAGAGGAAAAGGAAGCUUGGAUCCGCAACAAGUAUGAGGCUAAAGAAUUCCUACCCGCCUUCAACCCAUCGCCAGCGAUCGGUCAACAACUGCGCGAAGCAGUGGUCCGAUCGGAUAUGAAAGCCAUCAUCAUCCUGUUGGCGAAUGCUUCCCAGGAGCAUAUCAACUCGACCGUCAGCAGCAGGGAUCUGCGAACGCCGCUGCACCUAGCCUGCGCCAUUGGUAACCUAGCGAUUUCGCAGCUGUUAAUCUGGCACCACGCUAACCUGAAGCACAUCGACCACGAGGGCCGAUCCUGUUUGACGUACGCCAAAGCGGCCAACUCGCUGGCCGCGGCACGUCAAGCUAGCAAUACUCCGCACCACGUCAAUGUGGAAACGACGGCCGCACUGGUGGAAUUGCUGACCAGUUUAGGCUGCACUGAUCCCGCUCCGUUCACGGCUAGCGGCACGUUACCCCGGCGAAGGGAAACCAUCGAUCAGGGAACAUUCGAGAAAUUUUCCUCGAAUAUAAUCUAGAGUCGUCGAAACGAAUGAUCUGCAAGUGAAACACAACAAAUCUAGACUUAAAUUAUAUACGUUCAAAAACAUUGUGAUCCCUCUAUUUAAACUGAAAUUCAUCAGUAGCAGAACGAGCGAAACUAGUAGCAAAACACAGAUGAGAGCGGUAGUAUUGGUUUUAUUUAUCCUUUGUCGAAGGCAAAAUCAUUUAACGAGUAGAUGAGAGAACUAUAGUUAACUAUUGUUUAAGUUGUAACGGCUGAAACCUAGCGAUGCAAGCACGACCCGCUUGUAAGAUACCUGAUUCACAAAAAAUGGAAAUUUUGUUUUUUAUGUCUAGGUCUAUGUACUCUAUGUCUAUUAAUUUUAUCCUUUGAAGAUCCCGUGUAAAAAGUUCCCGUAUAAUAACCGCCGAAGCGGUUUGUCUGUACAUUUGAUUAGCCCCUUCUUAGCUUUACAACCGAUGUACGUUUUUAAAUCAUAAAGUUAGAACAAAUGCACCAUUUACUUAAAGAAAAACGAUCACCAUUCAGUACACUGUUGAUUUAAUCACUAUUCCCAUUUUUUUGUUUUAUUUUAGAUUCAAUUAUCUGUUACUUUAGAUUGUAUCACAGUUUUAACUCCUUUAUUACACGAACAACACUCAAUUCCUAUAAUAAACUGCUCGUUCCAUUAUACUUACUAUGAUAUCAAUAAAUCAAGCUCAUUUCAUCAACUACCCCCCAAAGAAUGCCAAAUUGUAGCAUGCAGAAAAACUUUAACAAAACACUAACCUGCUAAGAAAUCUGCAAAUUAUGUUCAACUACUUUUCUAGAAAAGCGUAUACAGUUAGGGAUCAUGCAGAUCUGUAGUUGAUUAAAUCACAGAAAACAAACCGUAGCAUCAGUAGAAUAUUGGUGGUAGAGCGCGACGAUUCGGCAUUUGAAUGCAUAAACCAAAAGCAACUAAAUCGAUAUGAUAGAAAACACUAGAAUCCCUGUUAUAACGAACGUAAAUCUCUGCUAAUAGUAAUAUAACGCCUGUCAAAAGAACUAGAUAAUGAUAGAACAGCAGCGGUAUCUAACCCCGGAUUGAUUCCUGAACCUACCACCACCCGCUUAUUAUGACCCAUCAAGGCACAGACUCCCGCCCGGUAGCAUUAAUAGGAUAGUGAAGCAACAACAGUUACAAACUAAAGUAGUAAGGAGAAAUGAACAGGUGGGCGAGAAUGCGAUGGCUGGAAAUAAACGAAAAUCGUUCCGAUAGUAUGUCAA